CCCACUGUCAAACUCCACAGAGCGGAAUAGUCCACAGCUGCCUAACUGUCCUCUCUUCUCGUGUUGUCUCUUGACCAGCAGAUAGUCAGCCAUCAUGUAUUACCAGCAGAGCUUCACCGGCCCAUCAAUGGUCACCAGACAGACCCGCAGCUACACAUCAAGCGCUGCCCCCCACAAGGCCCACAGCGUGUCAGGGCUCAGCUUCAGGAGCGGCCCUCGCAUCUCCUCCUCCAGCGCCAGGAUUGUCUCCUCUGGGUAUGGCGGUGGUAUGGGAGGGGGCUUUGAUCUGUCUAAUGCCCUGGACCAGAGCACCAUUCACCUGAAUGAGAAGGCCACUAUGCAAAACCUCAACGACCGUCUGGCCAACUACUUGGACAAGGUGCGCUCUCUGGAGGCAGCCAAUGCCAAGCUGGAGCAGCAGAUCAGAGAGUACUACGAGAAGAAGGGCCCAGCAGCAGAGAGAGACUACAGCAACUACUGGGCUAUCAUCAACGACCUGAAAGACAAGAUCAACGGUGCCACCAUUCAAAAUGCCAACAUCCUGCUCCAGAUUGAUAACUCUAAACUGGCAGCAGAUGACUUCAAAACCAAAUUUGAACAUGAGUUGAUGAUGCGCCAGUCUGUCGAAGCUGACAUUGCCAACCUCCGCCGCCUGCUGGACCAGACCACCCUGACCAAGGCUGACCUGGAGAUGCAGAUUGAAGGCUUGCAGGAUGAGCUGGCCUACCUGAAGAAGAACCAUGCAGAGGAACUGGCUGCAAUGCGCUCUCAGCUCACUGGCACAGUCAACGUGGAGGUGGAUGCUGCACCUCAGCAAGAUCUGAACAAAGUGCUAGAGGAGAUCCGUGCCCAGUAUGAAGCCAUCACUGACAAACAUCGUCGGGACCAGGAGGCAUGGUUUAAUGAGAAGUCAGCGGCACUGACCAAAGAGGUGGCCAUGAGCACAGAAACCAUCCAGACAUCUAAGACAGAGAUCAACGACCUCAGACGCACACUCCAAGGUCUGGAGAUCGAGCUGCAGUCCCAGCUCAGCAUGAAAGGGGCGCUGGAAAAUACGUUAGCAGAGACAGAAGCCCGCUACAGCUCCAUGCUAGCUGGUCACCAGAACACCAUCAACAUGCUGGAAGCAGAGCUCUCCAACGUGCGAUCAAGCAUUGAGCAGCAGGCCCAGGAAUACAAGAUGCUGCUGGACAUCAAGAGCAGGCUGGAGCAGGAGAUCGCCACCUACAGGAGCCUGCUGGAUACAGAGGAGUCCAGGUAAACCCAGAAUUACAGAUCCACUAGUACAGGAGGCCCAAUGACCACAAUCACCACCAUAACUGUGCGCUCUUUAAGCUAGAAAAACAGCCUGGCAGAACAAGCCUGUAUCAGACCCACACUCACAUAGACUAUCUGUUUUUUAAAUGCUGUUACAUGAGAGGAGAGAAACUUUAAUGAAAAAUCUUGAAAACAAAAAUAAUUACGGUAAGAUGGGUUGAUGUAAUCUGUGUGUGUGUUUGUUUGAAACUGGUUUGACAAAUAAAAUCUGCUGGUUGAGAUAA